AUGGUCCUUGCAUCUCAUCCCAAUCCCUCGGCCCCCGUCCUCUCGCACUUUUCCCUAGAGGGCAAGACGGCGCUCGUGACUGGCGCUUCACGAGGAAUUGGUUUAGAAGUAGCCAGGGGGCUGCUUGAAGCUGGUGCAUCUGUCGCGAUCACCUACUCAAGCACCCCAGAAGAUGAAGUGGCUAAGCUUGCUCAAAGUCUGGCCUCAGCCAAUGGCAACAGGACGGUCAAGACGUACAAGUGCAACGUGACUGAUCGAGCUCAAGUCAAUCAAGUCAUUCAGGCAGCUUCUCAAGAACUUGGUGGUCUAGAUAUUGUGGUAGCCAACGCAGGCAUCGCGGACCACAUCCCUGCUGAAGAUUACCCCGAAGACAAGUUCCGGAAUAUUCUGGAUGUCAACUUCAAUGGAGCUUUCUGGACAGCACAAGCAGCUGCAAACGUUAUGAAAGGGUCCAAGACAAGGGGCAGUAUCAUUUUCACAGCCAGUGUCAGCGCAAUUCUCGUCAACGUUCCUCAAAAACAGGCUGCGUACAAUGCAAGCAAAGCAGCAGUUGUCCACCUGGCAAAGAGUCUCGCGGUGGAGUGGACUGACUUUGCACGGGUCAACUGCGUGUCUCCAGGCUUUAUUGCUACUGAUAUGCUGGACGUUCACCCCAAGGAGUGGAGAGACAAGUGGUUUACCAUGAUCCCAGGGGCGAGACUUUGCGAUCCACAGGAACUAAAAGGGUCGUAUGUCUACCUCGCGAGUGAUGCUAGUAGCUACAUGACGGGCGCCAAUCUGGUAAUUGAUGGCGGUUACACACUCCCAUGA